AUGAAUAAGCCGCAGGGAGAGUGGACUGGAGGGAGGACAUGGGGGUUCUUCCUAACUUGUGCAGACAUAAAGAAACACGAGAUGAGGAAAAUUAUAGUCAUUAGUGAUAGGAAGGCACAGAGAAGGGAACUCAUUAAAAAACUGCACAUCCAUUUUAGGAGGACGGACGAAAAAUCCAAGAGGGGAAAAAGGAAAAAUGCUAAAUUAGCUAUUUAUGACUUCUUACCAGUUGGUUUAAAUGAUGAGGUUCUGGAGGCGAGGAAGUUUGAGCAAAGGAACCCUGUAACUUUGGAAGGGGUACAUACCCCAUGUGUUGUGAAAAAUGGGGUUACAUCGGACAGUAUUAGAAGCGAAUAUGAAUCCUCCCAUUUGUAUAGUACGAAUGUUAUGAGAAGAAAAAAAAUGAAAAAAAUUGUAAAUGAUUUUUUCUAUAACACGUUGAGGUAUUGUAUUAGUAGAGACUUGUCUGUCGUGGAGAUAUCAACCUACCUAUCAAUUAUGAAGUAUAUUUUUUUAAAAGUAGUAUAUGGGGGGAGAAGCCAUGUUGUGGAACUUUUCGCAGAAUUCAAAAAGGUCAUGCUACAUCAUUCAAUUAACAGGUCUCCAAGUUGCGUUAAAAUAUUUUCGUACACCUCUCUGAGGGUAUUAAUAAAAUACGCCUUAAAUACUUUUUUCCGAAAUUUUUUUUUUUAUAAAUUUAUUUUUCUCCCAAUUUAUGAUAUACAUUUUGACGGUGGUUUUGACGACUUGGAGAAGCUCGAAAAUGAGGAGGAUGAUGAUGAUGAUAUUGGCUUCGACGAAGAUGCUACAGUUUGCAGUUUGGACACUCCCUCUGGGGGGGAUUACGUGAGGAAAUUACUAAACCUGGACGUUGGCGAAAUAAACCACUUGACAUUCGGAAGAAGCUCCGAAGAUGUGUUCACAAGAGAGAUGCAAGAUUUUUUUAAAAAAUUCGAAAUACAGAAGGAGCCCGUCACCUUCGAAACGAAUAAGUGUAAGGAAAAUAAAAAUUUAAAAAAGUUGUGCACCCGAGUAGUAAACUGCAGUCAGGUAGAUGAGGGAAGGACCAAGGGCCAAGAACAAUGGAGUGCUUCUGAGGAAUAUUUGAUUGGGAAGAUGGAUAAUUUGUACCGCGACUUGGAGGCUCGAAUAGUGAAGCGGUUGGAUACCCAUUUGGGGUAA